AUGGCUAGAUCUUCGAUAUCUAUUCGAGCUCUGCGGACUCCACCUCGAUCUACCAGAGGAAAUCCUACCUUUUCAUACGCAGAACCUCCGACCAGCGACGACGAUCUAGAAGAGGAAGAAAAUGGCGAUGUCGAUGAACAAUCACAUAGUGAUAUCUCUCAUGCGCCACCUACGAGACGCUCUCGGGCACGCACCCGGAAUGUGCGGGAACCACGGUCUGCGAAUAAUCAACCACAAGUAGCUAUUACGAAAAGCACUCGACAAAAGCCGAUAAUUUCAUACGCAGAAUCAUCGACUGAUCAUGAUUCAGAGGAGGAGGACGAGGACGACGAGGAUGACGAUAGCGACGAUAACGAACCAUCCUAUACUAGCGCAACUCACACGCCCCGCGCAAGACUCUCUCGAAAUGCUUCCCACUCUCGUUCUUCUACCAAGCGAAGCCAAUGCAAUUCUCAUGAAUCAACGCCGAAGAGAAGAAAACAAAAUCAAUCAACCUCUCGUAGAAGAUCUAAAGUCCAAUCACCAGCUAUGCUCGUGGAAAAUCUUGAAGCCAUUCCACCCUGGCAGACUCUUCCAUAUCAUAUCCUAGUGCAGAUAUUCGAGUACGCCACAUAUCCACUGUACGAAGAAAGAACCUUUCAACCUCUUCCAUCUGGGAGAUGGCUACUAGAUGUCGCAUACCUCUGUCGGGGGUUCGCCGAGCCAGCCUUCACAGUGUUGUACAAUUCGCCUCCUCUUGUUCCAAUGGAUAAAGCACAUCGACUCGUAGAUUUACUCAAAUCCGACCCUGCAAUGUUGGCUUUUGGCUACAGACAGAAAGUUGUCAACCUUCGUAUUGAAGUUAGGCAAGUUGCUGCCUAUUCUUUACCUGGCAGUGGACUUCUGGACUUGCAUGGCUUAAUAAAGGACUUGCCAAGAUUGGCGGAUCUAGAAUUUUACGAUCAGAAAGAUUCGAAGCCUUUCAAACAACUUGAUGAUUCGAUUAGAUGGGAGUACCCAGUUGCGGUCUUUGAAGCACUAGAGCACGUUGAACCAGCUGCAGAUACUACCAAGGGAGACAAAACCAGCCUGUGCAAACUAAGAAGCUGGCGUUGGUCGUCCAGACUAGCAGGUAAGAAGUGGCCCAUAGAAAAGAUUCGCGAGAUUCAUCUCAAGCCAUGUUUCAUUGGACUAAAGAAGGUUGCGUUUGUCAAUUACCAAAUUCGACACCCUAAAAAAGGCGAAGAGGAUCCAAAACUUGAGGAAUUAUUGGGUGGAGCGAUUUCCGCCCUGGAGGCACUGGAACACUUGAUUUUUGAAUCAUCAACGCUACUUAAUGCCAAAUUGAUGCCCCUCCUACCAUCAAAUUUGCGAAAUCUGGAAAUUACUAAUUGCUGGGAGGUCACUGCUGAAAUGCUUGGCGAGUAUCUCCUGACUAGUGGCAGACAACUUCGCUGUCUCACGCUCAACCAUAACUCUGCCUUAAGUCUAGCCUUUCUGCCAUCACUUGCUGCAGUAUGUCCACAUCUGGAAGUUUUAAGAAUGGACCUUCAAUAUUUCGAUGCACAUAUCUCAUAUCACAGCGCCGAGCCGGAUUAUGAUCAGUUACUCACGAGUGAUCAAAUUCCUGAAUGGCCAACCACACUCCAAUCCCUUGAGCUUCUUAAUUUACGCAAAUGGGACAAACAAGCCGCGGAAAUGUUCUUUCAAAGUUUGUUGGAUAGUGCUGGCGAGCUUUCGGAUCUCCGGAUUUUGAUUCUGCAGACAAGUAUUAACAUUGCAUGGAGAGAUAGGGCUGCUUUUAGAGAUAAAUGGAUCGGCACUCUGGGACAAGUCUUUAAGAGGGUUUGCGAUCCUCCAAAGCAUUUUUUGAAAGCUUCGCAAUUACCAAGUGUCGAACUUUACAAAUCGGAAACAGAUACCCAAGAUACCGAUAAAAGCCAAAGUCCUGCAAGGAAGCAAAAAGCUCGACCAAAGAAAAACUCUCUUCCACGCCGUCACAGCACACGCGCCAAACGUACAACCAACUAUGCUGAAAGUCCUGAUAAUUCUAAUGAUGAAAUUGACAACGAAGAAGAUGAAGAAGGAGAAGAUGAUGAUGGUGCAGCAUCCACCCCUCCCCCUCCAUCUGCAUCAAUUCCUUCAGCUCGCCAGGCUGCCCGAAGUCAGCGUGCUUCUCGGGAAAUUCGUUUGCUGAAAAUUACUGCGGGGAUUGAUGGAUUUCCUUCUUCACCACCUCAGACUCCGUGUUUGGAAGAAGAUGGAGAUACAGAUGUAAGUGAUGAGGAUAUUGAUGGUGGAGGUGAGAGUAAGGAUAUGAAUCGGAAUGCAAAUAGUAAGAGCAAGGUAAAGGCGAAACAAAAGCAAAAUGUAAUCCAAGGAAUGUGUGAGGUGGUUAAUGUCAGAAUUGAUAAUUUAAGACCGGCGGAGACGCAAUUCGGCGAGGCGGACUUUCUAGACAGUGAGCCUGAAGGUGAUGAUGACUGGGAUGGUGACGAUGGGUUUGUGGAGGAGGGAGUAGCUUGGUGA